GCUAAGAGUUUGUUUAGGAUACGGGGAUUUUGACAGUGAAAACUGUGUAAUCGUUCUCUUCGAGGUUAUUUUCUCUCUUUCCACAAGGUAUCUGAUGUCUGUGGGACGUGUAAAGUACGUCUGCGACCAAGAUAAGUCUGUUUUGGUGAACAAUUUUGAGAAACGCGGGUGGGUUCCUUGUGCUGAAGAUGAAGACUGGAAUUUUUAUUGGUAAUUCGCCCUUAAUUAAUCAUUUUUAGUAAGCUCUGUGUGAUUUAAAUGAAAAAAUGUAAGUUAAUUUUACAUUUAACUGGCGCAUUCAAUCCUGUGUUCCUUCUUUUGUAGGGCUAGUGUGCAAACUGUAAGAGCUAUUUUUAAUGUGGAGACUGGAUACAGACUUGGAGAUGAGCAGUAAGGCAUUUGUAAUAGCUCAUUUUGCUCGUUUUAGUGUACAUGUUUUUUCUCAUUAUUUUGAAUCUCACAGAAAAGCAAUGUUGCUGAAUAUAAUAACCCUUAUUAUCAUUCGAAGCAAACUUUUCUUUCUUUUCAUUGGUCAAGAGCCCACCACGUGACCUGCAAAUAACUGCCUGCAAAUAAUGGUCUGCUCAUGUGCAAUGCCGUCCAACUGUGUUUGGCUGCAAAUAAUAUUCUGCUCAUGCGUAAAGGAAACCUUGCUUUUCGCCUUCUUGCGAUCGCUCUUGCCUGAAAAUGGCAGAUUGCUUCGCUUCCCAAGGAUAUUCAUUAAAAAACAAACUCGGUGAUUGAAUGAUACUCGGUUAUCGCAAAAUAUCGUGAUUUGCCAGUGUCUCGCAGAUCAAUUAUUUGUCUCAGCCUUCGGCUUUGGCAAAUAAUUGAUCUGCUCACCACAGAAAAAUCACGAUAUUUUGCUCAACCUCGUGCAAUAAUUGUUAAAUAUUUAGAAUGAUUUUCAUAACAAUCAAAACUGUUAUGAUGAUACACCUGCAGACAUUUUGAGGUCUGGGGGAGAAGGGAAAGGGGGGUGGAGAGACCCUUGGCUACCCUGAUGCAUACCUUCUUCUUAUCCACUAAAUAAGAUCUUUCCCUGAAAGGCAUGUUUUCAAAGUUAUUAUAAUACAGUUGAAUCCCGAUAACUUGAACCAUGAAAGGGAAGUCGAAAAAGGUUCAAGGUCUUUGAGUUAUCGCUAAUUCAAAGCAAAUAACGGGAAAUAAAGAAAUAAUUUUUUCAGGCUUCAGUACACCAUUUUUUUGGACUUGUCAUGCACUUGAAACAUAACUCCAGUUACCAAGGGUAAAAUUGUAUAGAAAUGAUCAGAGGGGAAACAAAAAUUACUUUGGGUUAGCAGGAGGUUUGAGUUAUUGGGGGUUCGAGUUACCCAAGGUAAAAUUACAGUGAAUGUAUGAAGUAAAUCCUGGGAAAAAUGACUUUGGUUUGAGUUACUGUGAGGUUCGAGUUAGCGAGGGUUCAAUUUAUCAGGUGUCAACUGUACAGGCAUCCCAAACUCACAAUAACAUAUCGGUAUUGUAAUGUACAAAAUAAUAAUGUUUUACUCCUUGACAUUCGAUGGCUGUAAAAUGAUUCAGUGACCCACAAAUGUUCUUCAGGUAAGUAGGCUACAACACUACCAUCUGUGCUACUGAUGGGAGCAACAUGACUGUGGACUAAAACUCUUGCUUCUUGCCAAACUAUCUGGUAUUGACCCAUGUGCAGUGGAAAAUAUAAAAUAUUAUAACUAUAUAAAAAAGUAAUUGUUGUCACACCAUCAAAACCAUGUGACCACUGAAUUUCAGUGGGUCUUUUAGAUUUGAGACCAUGACCUCUUUGCAAGUAAUCCACUGCCAUAGUCUUUUAGUACCUGAUAGGUGACACUAAGACGGUCAGACACCAAAUUAAGAUCACACAGUCAGGUACCCCAGUACAGUCAAACCCCACUUUACAGACAGCCUCUUAAUAUGGACACCUCAUUAUUAUGGACAGUUUGCCUUGUCCCUAGGAAAAGAAAGCCCUUGAGUUUUCUCUAAAUUCAACCCACUGAAUGCUGUCAGUCAUUAAUAUGGACACUUUCUAUGGUCCCCUCAGUGUCCAUAUUAAUGGAGUUUGACUGUAUGUUUUCCUACUCUGUUUUCUCACUUUACAAUCCUCAGAUGAGCAUAACCCAGUACUACACUAUAACUGCUGUACAGUUCAACUUGGACAGAGAUAGCGACUUCUGUUGUUCUUCUGUUAUAAUUUAUAGAGUAAUCAAUCAUUUUCCUAACCACUAUGAGCUGACAAGAAAGGAUUUGAUGAUGAAAAAUAUCAAGAGAUAUCGCAAGGAAUUAGAUAAGGAGGGAAAUCCUCUGGCAGAGAAAGAUGAACUUGGUAGAUACAUUCAUCUAGGUAAGUAUUAUGUUUUUCUAAUUUUAUUUUAUUUCUAUUUUCCUACUAUGGUUUUCUUCCCCAUUUACCAGGACUCUCAGACCAGGGAUUUUGCCGGUCCACCAUCAUACAUGUAGCUACUUUGGUAAGAAACAAAACAAAAAAAAUGAGCCAAAAGAACUUUCCAACUGUUUGAUUAAUCCCUGCCUGUUUAUUGCAAGAUUAAUGAAGGGUACACAGAAAUGACUGAUAAUGUCUGAAAAUACCACUAAAUGUAGCACUAGAGGCCUUUGUAAUGUUAUUAUGUCACGCAUUUCAGUUCAGGACUACAAUGUAUUCAGACAGGACUUUGCUUAGAUUAAAGUCUUGAGAUUCAGAGUGCUUUUUGUGCCAUUUAUUUGAACAGAAUUUUAUGUGCUUUGUUUUGUGAGUGUUCUAUAGAUCUUUUUAGUUCCCUUUCAUUGUUUGAAGAUAUCAUACAUAUGUAAUGUUAUAUAUUUCCCUUAUUUUUGUAGAUUUUAUUCCUGUCACAUUCAUCCUGCCAGCAGACUAUAAUUUAUUUGUUGAAGAAUUUAGAAAAAAUCCAGCCAGUACAUGGAUAAUGAAACCAACCAAUAAAUGUAAGUUUUUCUGCAUAUUAAGGUAUCUGCACCGGCAAAUUUUCAACAUUUUAUUUUGCCCUCAAAAUCUUUCUACAGUAAGUUCAGAUGAUGUAAUAUGCAUAUCUGGUGUUCUUUUUUGAAUAUACCUUCGCAUUUAAGAGAAAAUCUACUCAAAAGUUGACUGAUUUACCGGAAGUUAAAGAAAAUUUUUCAUUUCCGUUACUAAGAAAAAGAACGGCAGUAGCGCAAUUUGACUCCUCUUUUCGGUAUCAAGUUCUAUUGAUGCGCUGAACAAAAUCUAUUCACUGCUUGGAUUCAUUGACAAACUACAGCGGCUGUAUGUCCAGCUUGAUUUUUCUUGCUUCCGUUAAAGCUGUGAUGACUAAUUUUACUUGCUACUUGUCAAUAUUUGUUAUGUUCUUGACAUAUACUCCGUUUUCCAGGGCUUAUUAUUGUUUUAAAUUUACAUUACAUCGGUGUGUCUUCUCACCUGAUAUAUUCUGACAAUUUUGCUGGGAGAAUAAAACGUUUUCUUGGCCCCUAAUCCUCUGGUCUGUUUUUCUACCAAUUUCUUUCACUUUACAGAAGCAAUUCUUUUCAUUUUUGAAUAAAACUCUUCUUCAAUCUUCAUACUUCGGCGCGCUUCACUGCAUUAGCUGACACUGAGUAACGCGUCUUCCGGAAAUGCGUCACACCUAGCAACUGGUCACGUAUCAAAAUCCAAGGGGGCUAUAGAGAGGUCAUUUGGCAGUUUCUUAGGCUUCGACGAGCAUUUUACACAGCGGUGAUUCAAAAUGGCGGGCAAGAAGGUCUGUGAUGGUAGUAUCGAGCAAAAACAGUUGAUUUUGAGAAGAAAAUAAGCUUUUUUACACUGGAAAAGCGUUAAUUACUGCAUGACCGAUUUACCUUGACUUACGGGAACCAGUUUUUUGGAGGAAUGGAUCAUUAUAUCUUCGUGAAAUUUGGCAAAUACACAAAGAGCAUGUUGAUGAACAGAUCUGUGUUUGACCAAAGAAUGAAAUCACCAUACGGCUGAGUUACUGAAGUCCAAAAAGGGAUCAAAUUACAAAACAACAAAUUGCCCUCUAGAGGGCGUAUUUCUUGGAGCUGUGUCUUGGUCAAACACAGGAUUGUUGCUUUUUACGUCCCUGUUUGUGUUGCAUUUCAUUUUUCCCACAAACUGUUGUAGUUUUUGUGAAAUUUGAAUUCUUCUAUUUCCAUGCCACCCCCAGGGGGUAAUUAAAAUAACACCUUUAGAGUGAUGUAGCCUUACAAUUUUUUCACUAGUUUUGUUCCUUAUGGACCAAAAAGCAAUGUUAUUGUCUAACAUGUAGAUAAUACUCUUACAUUGGAUGUCAGUGUAUCACCUAAAAUGUGCAGAAUUUGCCGGUGCAGAUACCUUAAGAGUGUUUUCAUUUUUGCUGAGAUGAAAAAUUGAAUGGUAAUUCAGUCAGAUUCUAUUGUGCUCGUUAACAGAUCAAAUUUUUAGCGAGUUAUUUUAAUCGAUAUUUGCUACCAGUCUGCAGGUACAUGUAUUAUUUGAACUGAUUUCCACUUAAUGAUUUUUCGAUCAAGUCAAGGAGAAGUCAUAUUAAUAACUUUUUUGAGUCUCAGUAAAAUGUCAAUUUCUUGGUAAAAAAUAUUAAUGUUAGCUUUUGUUAUGGCAAAUCGCACUUACUGAAAUGUUACUGUGUUUUCAAUAGACAUUAAAACAUAACUAAGGAGCUAGAAAUCACAAACACUGCAAUCAAAUUGGUUGAAACUUCCUUUUCAUUCCUAGCUCAAGGCAAAGGAAUUUUUCUGAUCAAUAGACUGUCACAGCUGAAGAAAUGGUCUAAAGACAGCAGAGGAACACCGUAAGAUUUAACAAUUUAAUAGACUUUCAUCUAAAAAGCUUUAGGCUAUGUUUACCCAGUCUAUACUGGAUACCUUGUUGUGUUGCCAUGAAAAGCUGUCUAGUAUACCAUGAAUACCUAUCUGAUAUGUGACUCUCUGCUUUAGAGGCCGGCGUGACACAGCUUUGCUAUGUCACAGAAAUCAUGCCAACACAGUUCCAUUUUUGUGUGAACAGAAGCCCUAUCUGGUAUGGUUUUUGUGGCAGGGCAAAUAAAAAGCUGUCUGAUAUAGUGUGAACAAAGCCUUAAUUUUCAGUUAUAAGACAAUCAAAGAAUAAACAUAAAGAACUGAUGAACUUUGAGCACUUUAGUUGAACUGCUUCCACGCUGCUUAUACUGCUUCCACGUACUUAAAAUAAUAUCUCGGCCUUUGUGGUUAACUGCGGGUGGUUAACUAGUUAGUGUAGUGCAAUCUGCACUUGGAUGUUCUUGAUGAGCAAGGCUUAUUACAGGGCAGGAGUGUUUUUUUGCCUGACGAGUCGUUAUGAGUGGGUGGUCUUUUAUUAAUGGAGUGCGAUGGAGGAGGGGGGACUUGGUGGGGUCGAAUUUAAGUGACUUUGGAAUGAAGUUAGUGGCCCUUAAAGCAGUCCAUGAAAGAGGUUUUAACAAUGAAAGCUUUUAGGCUAUAGGUUAUUAUGUUUCUUUCUGGGUCACCUUGGAGGUAGUUGCAGCUGGCUAAUUGUGGGUUGCUGUGGGUCAUUUUAGUAGCUCUGGGUUUUUAAAAUAUGUCAAUUUACGGUAAGUUAUUCCUUAGUAAAAUAUUGUUUUUCACAAAUCUUGAGAUGAUUGGAAAAAGAUCCCAAACCUAAACACCACAAUAGUCUGAGAAUCUUGUUUUGGGAACUUAAAAUUCAAAUAAAACUUGAAAUUCAAAUAUCAUAGGAAAAGCUUUGUUUGCUUGCUUGCUUGCUAAAAGUGUGCUAAAAUACUAAGCCUCAGUCUGAUAAUUCAUAAUAUCAAAAAUUAAGCAAUUGUUUACAUGCUAGCGUGGUGUAUUAUAAUAGUUCUCGGUAGUCUUAUGACUCUCAUACAAUAUAUUGCUCAAUUCUGAAAUAGGAUGACUCCUAUACAAUUUACAACUGCUUGUUGCCAGCCCAGACCUCUCCAUUAUUAGGGUCUAUAUUCAUAUUAAUGAGAUUAAUAUUUGGUAUAACUACAGGAGCUGUGUAACUUUCAAUGUUUUAAUGUAUGUUAUGAUGUGAUUUACUAUAGCCUUGUUCAUCCAAGUACAAAGGAUGCCUAUGUUAUAUCAAGAUACAUUGAUAAUCCUCUGCUUAUUGGUGGCAAAAAGUUUGACCUGCGUAUUUAUGUCUUGGUGACAUCCUAUAGGCCUCUUAAGUGCUACUUGUAAGUAACAUAGUUUGGUUUGUUUGAAUCACAACACUUACUGCUCAUCUCUGUGUUAAUGUCGACAUCUGCUUUAAAUUGCUUCUGUUUAAUAAUAAGUUAUUUAUGUGUGUUCGACUAAGUUUAAGUUUGUUUUCAUGCUUGAGAAUGAAAACUGUGAUGGCAUGGAAACAGUGUGGAAAACUUUUUGCUGAUUUUUAUGUAUAUUUUUUUGUUUUAAACUAGUUAAUCUCUGGAAACUCAGGUGAAUAGUGAAAAUUGCCCUAUAGUCAUUACAGAACCACCAACUACUCACCGUAGAUAAUAAUUUAAGUGGGAUAAUACAUCUGUUCUAUUUGUUUCUCAUCAGUUUCGUUCAGCGAAAACAAGCAUAUGAUCUAAAUUAAAGAAAAUCUGAGUAAAUGAAGGUAUAAUCCUCAAGUCUAAAAUUUUUACGGUCCUGCUCUUCCUCCCUAAAAAUUUAAAAUUUUCUUGGUUGAGGCUAUAAACGGAAUAGGGGUGACUUGACCCCGCACCUACAUAAUCCUAUAUGCUGCUGUGUCACAUAAAAGAGAGGCCAAGAGAGUGAAUUGUUGCCUGUUAAGUUGCAUUCUAUGCAUCAGCAGUUUUUUCCUAACACAAUUUCAAAAUUGCUGCGUCAAAAGCCAGGAAACUAUUUUGAGAUACUGUCCCUGGAGUUUUCCAGGAAAAUGAUUGACAGUCUAUUCUAGUGUGGCUAACAUUUAAUGCUGUUCAGUGUUGUAACUCUCCAUACCAGCUAGGUGACAGUUUCUCAAGAAAAGUGCAAAUUUGUAGGACACUAAUUAACAACAUACCUGGCUUGCCAAUAAUACUGCAGACACCACUUUUAUAGCUUGUCUAAUAAUUGCAUGGUUACAUCUUUCAGGUACAAACUUGGAUUUUGCAGGUUUUGCACAGUGCAGUAUAAUGCAAGUCUUAACGAACUAGAUAACAUGUUUGUGCACCUCACAAAUGUGGCUAUUCAAAAGUAUGGGGUAAGAAAGGUUGCUGGUAAAUCUUGAGUCUUGAAAGAAAGAAGAUCAUAAUUUUGUUGCUUCUUCACUUUUGUUUUCUUCUUCUUUUUUUGCAGGAGGAGUAUAAUCCCAUUCAUGGUGGAAAGUGGACUGUUAAAAACUUACAGUUUUAUCUUGAAGGAACCAGGGGAAAAGAGGCAAGUAAUGUUUGAGAUUUGUAUACAUUACCAGGUACGUGAAGGAUGAAAGAAAAUAAUUAAAACGUGUUAGUAUUCCUCUACAUAUAGCCUGUGCAACAGACAAAACUAGACCUCUGGUUAUGUCCAUUUGACUGCGUGCAGCGCUAAAAUCCUUGUUCUGAGCCUCCAGCUGUGUACCCAGAUUUGAGUACCUGCCAUGGUUGGCUUGCUAAAAAUGCCAUUGCCGAUUUGCCAGUCAGGUUAAAGGGAGGUUUGAUACACACUCCCCGGUAAUUCAUUGAGUCCAUUGAACAAGGAUCGCAGCGCUGCUUUGCAUACAUCACUAGCGGGUGUUACCAAUACCAGCUACCCUACAUAUGGUGUUUAUUAUUUACUGUGUAGGAUUGUGAAUGUUACACCUGGCUGCAGGUGUUCAAAAGGUGGAUAACACUAUCUGCUGGAUAAGCUUCUAUCCAGUGGAUAGUGAAAUUGGUUUCCCUACUACUUAUCCACUGGAUAGUGAUUUAUCUGGUGGAUAGUGCUAUCCAUCAUUUGAACAACCAGGGCCAGGCUACAGGUGCAUGUACACUACUAUAACAUCGUGCUACUGGAUUAUUUGUCAAAAAUCACCCAUCUACAGCUGUAAGGACAGGUACAGUUCUCACAUAGUUAGGAAAAAACUUUUAAGUCAUACUUCGUUUGGGGACAAUUUGGGCGCAACCUUACACACAAUAGGAACAUACUUUCACUUUAGUGUGAUUUGGUCUCGUUUGUAUCACGUGAAGUCUUUGGGUCGGUUAUGUAAAUAAAGGCUAACUUAGGCCUCAGUUUAAGAAAUCAUUGGACCUUCAGAUCUCUUCUUUAGUGGGUUAAUUUAAGAAAAUAAGUGCUUUUUUUAUUCUUAUUUAUUAUUAAAUUGUUCUCGAUAAAUGCUGUUUAGAUAAAAGGGUGUAGCAAGCUGAAAAUGGUUUAGAACGCGGUUUUGUUUAACACAGGCUAAACUCCAUUGAAAAAACUGGCCCAAGAGUUUACAAUAAACUGAUUACCGUAAAUGAUCUAGUAUACUAGACUCCCUGGGCAUCUAUUUAAUUUUAGGGGUCCAAGAGGGGGGCGCUUUAUAGAUAGGAGGCAUUUAAAACAGAGAGGCGUUUAUUCUCGUCCAUAUAAUUCUUUCGGCAAAAAUAUCAGAAGAGUUAGAAAAUAGCAGGAUAUCUAGUUUAUCAAUUGAUACAUGUACGUCGAGGCCGUCUAGAGAUCCACAACGCUUCUUCAAAUCUCAAUGACAUUGAUGUCAGGAUCUUCGUUCAGGGUCAUUGUUUUCCAUCGUUAGUCUAUUCUUACCUUGAACAAGAUGCGAUACGUAAACCCUUGUUAAUCAAGCAAGAAACUAAAUAAAUGCAAGAAUUUUGGUCCAUUUUUCUAAGUCCUAGUGUAUUUUGAAGUAAUUUUCAUAGGGGGCAUCUAUUAGGCAUGGGGCGUUCAUUAGGGAGGGGCAUCUGAUACAACUUAACAUUGUAGAGGAGGCGUUUAUUAGAUAAGGGGUAUUUAUUUGAGAGCGGACGUCUAUUAGAUCAUUUACAGUAGUAAGGUAAGGUACAAGUUUCAUAUUAAACACGUAUUUAUAUAUAUUCUUUUUAGGUGACAGACAAGUUGUUUGAUGAUAUAAACUGGUGCAUUGUUCAUUCACUGAAGGCUGUGCAGGUUAAUGACUAGCAUAUUUGACUUAUAUAAACAUUUUCACCUAGUGUGGUGGAGGUAGGAAAAUCCCAUGUGAAAGGUGCACAGUUGUUCUUUGGAAAUGAAAGGCCAAAAGAGGCUAAUGUGGGUGUGACUUAGAAGUUUUUGGCCUAUGAGUUACCACUUGGAGUGCUUACUAUCUGAAUGGAUUUUCCGGUGGAUUGUUUUUGGACAACUGGAACUGCACUUUUUGCUCACCAAGAAAAAAAAAAACAGAUUGAGCAGUAUCAUUUUAUCGGAAGAUUUGGUUGCACUUGAAAGCAAAGGCAAAAGAAAAAUCAAGUACCGACGACAAAAACUGAAAUCUGUUUGAACUAGAAGGCUACAGUUGUGUUGUAAGAAUUCUGUUAACAUCAAUGACGACAAUAAACCAGCUCAGGGUCGCGUCUUAAACGGUUUGGAAAACUGUAUUAGUGUAAGCCGUGUAACGAUUCAACUUUUAAAAUCGGCCAUCUUGGGCUCCUCUGUCUUCUCGGAAUAGUAUGGUACUGCUAAUUGAGGAAAAAAGUACAGAAAUUCCGGGAAUUCCGGUAGAAGCGAGAAAAAGGCAGUACCUCAGAUGGUUUGAACAUGUUUGGUAGUGGAUGAACCAUUCAGGUUGAAUUCUCCCCGGAAUUCCGGGGAGAAUUCAAAUCGAAUGGUUCAUCCAUAACCAAAAAUGUUCAUACCAUUCCUUAACAUCCCAAGUGGGACCAAAGUCCGUGAUUUCAUUUGUAACGGAUGGUUAAAGCAAAUACGUGUACUUGAUUUUAGAUUCCCAUGCAUUUACUCUUUUAGAAGUUCAAAACAGUAAUGUUGAAUGUUUGUUCUUUAGAAUGUUAUAGCAAAUGACAGGCACUGCUUUGAAUGUUAUGGGUAAGUACUAUAGUAUAUUUGGGAACAAGCUAAUGUUUCCCAUGUUUUCAAAUGAAUAUAGAUACACUCUGCAUAGAAAAUUUGUCUACUGUCUGUAAUCAUUAUAAGUCAAGAAAUAAUAGUUAAUGCAGCUUUAUAAUGUGGUCAGGAUUCACGUUUUUUUUGGGCAGAAAAAGUCCUGCGUGCCUUCUGUAUCAGUCCAUGUUUUCGAUGUUUUCAGUACGAACACAAAAUUAAUAAACGGUCGCGUGGCACCUAUUCAUUGCAGAGCAAAUGACCAAGACGUGUGCAUAGCCAAAAGUUUGCGUAGAGAUUUGCAGCUUUUUGUUCUUCUUCUUUUUUUUUUCUUAAAUUUGCCGGUGAUAAAAGAGCCAAAGGAUGUUAUCUUUUAUAUAUCGCUUUUUGUUUGCAGAUAUGACAUCAUUAUUGACGACAAUCUCAAACCUUGGCUGAUUGAGGUGGGCAGCUGUCUGAUUGAGCAGAUAUUUAAAGUAACUUUAACAGUCCGGUCUAUAUUAGCCUUUUAUUCAGUGGCUUCCGUUUAUCCCUCCUCAGUUUCCUUCCUUGUAAUUUUAAAUCUACGUUUUGUGAAGUAUUUGAGAUAGCGCACAUAGCGGUAAAAAUAUUACUACACGCAAAUUCGGCUAUAAAAUCUUUUGAGGAGAAAGUGGCCCGCCUUUGAAAGAGCGCUUUUGUUAAAAAAUCACACCUCUGAUCGCUCCCCAAGAUUGAACUAUGCCUCUCGCUAAAGAACGUGACACUGUAAGUACAUGUGACGAAAGACAAUAGCAUUCUGGGCGAUUUUGUAAUCACGAACUAACCACAACUAACAGUGUGUCUAACGGUUGACGCUAGGCACAUUGGUUUCUCUUAUCAAAUCCACCAAUCAGCUGAGAAGAGUAUAAAAAACCUUGUUUUCAAAUUGACAUUGCUCACAUCACUUCAACUUUUUCAAUACUUCCAACUCAGAUUCAAAACAUUUUGUCAGUCCUAAUGCAAGGCCCCUUCGACUAUGUACGGCUCCUUGUCCAUAUAUUUAACGCGAAACGAUUACCCUUGUCAAAUUUGACAUCUAUGUCCCAUGAGCACUGAAGCUUUUUGAAGCGUGCGACAUCACUAUUGACCGACAUUGUACCACAUUCAAUACAACCAGUCAUGAAAGGACACAAGCUUUGAUUGGUCAUUACUCAUGAGUCAGUGUUAACUUACAUUUGGAUUGGUGUUUGUUGUCAGGUGAACGCAUCACCAUCGCUAACGUCAACCACAUCUGCCGACAGGAUCAUGAAAUACAAUCUCAUACAUGAUAUCCUGAGCAUUGUUGUCCCCAAUGGAGAGAUACCAGAGUGAGUACAGUCGAAUCUCCACUAACAUACCCCUCCCGCCCGCAAACAGACACUUAGCUGCGGUCCCAGCAAGUUUACCACUUACAUUUUGUAAACACUGACAGAUUGAGACUUCUCCUGUUAGUUACGAACAUCGUUUCCAGGCCGGGUCCGCACGCUACGAAAACGUCGUCGGUUUCAUUCUAUAUUUGCACAACAGGGAGAUUCUAACAGGAAAAUGGUACCGUCUCGUAUUAGACCAACUGUUGUAAUAUGUUAUAACAUGAAACUUCUUGAAUGAUUUGUUUUACCAAUACUCAACUAGUCGCUCUGUGCAGUUUUUAUGCAGUACUUAAGUAAGUUAGUAGUGUCAGGUUAUAAAGUGAAAAAAGUAAUUGUUGCGGACAUCUGCCUUACAGAAUCUUACAAAUGCAAUGCUUAUGGCCGUUUUCACGCUAGAGAUAGAUUAUCCGUCUGAGGCGGGUAACCCGCGUCGUCAAAUUCCGUCAAAAUUAACUGAAAAACAUAUGGAUAAUCUUAAACAGAUUAUUCGACCAAAAUUAAACCGUCCCGUUUUCAUAUUGCUACGGACUGUCCGUUUGACGGAUAAUCCGUAUCUAUGAGUGUGAAAACGGCCAAUGAGACAAAUUGUUACGGUCACUGUUUGGUGUGCCCACACUGGAGGUGUCUGCUCCCGAUUCACUUCCGACAAAUUAAUGCACCUAAGUGGAACUUACCUUUUGUGAAGGUUACGUCGGAAGAAGCUUUUUAAGGCCUGUAAAGACGUACAGCCAAAGAUUUCGCGGUGUUUGUAAUGUUGUAGUAGUGCUGAGCAAUUUGAGCGUUGGACGACUUAUCGGACAACCUGCUUUUUCACAUUUCAGUGUUAGAUGGAAUAAGUUGCCUUCAAAAGAUGCUCUUGGAAGUUUCGAGGUUUUGUAAGUAAAGUAACUUGAAUGUAAUUUUCUCCUCUCCAAAACCUUUAAUACGGAAUCCUUUAGGAAAUUGAGUAAUUUUAAUUUUCAGUGGACAAAAUUCUUGUACCAGAGUAUUUUAAGCCACAUCGCAUUCUUUUUUACACUUUUCAAGGGCUAUAAAUGUAAUAAGUUUUAUGAAAUAACUCCAAAGAAAAGGUUCUUAUGCAUGGGAACCCCAGAAAAUAAAUUUCAAUUUUCUCAGGAACUGAGAGAACACGGUAAAAUCGUCAUGCGUAAGAUUUCAUUUGUGAAAUUUGAAGCUUUUGAAGUUUGUUUUCUUGGGCUCCCAUAAGAACCUUUUGUUUGGCGUUAUUUCAUAUAACUUAUUACAUUUAUAGCCCUCGAAAAGUGUAAAAAAUGCAAUAUGAUUGAAAUUAUUCUAGUCAGACAAGGUUUUUAUCCAUUGGUAAUUAAAAUUACUCACUCAAUUUCCUCGUGGAUUCCGUCUUAAUGCUAAUUAACUGAGCUGCCUCAAGGUGCGCCCAGUUCGUAAAUUUGGUUUUAGAGUUUUUCGGUCUCUUACGAUAAAAAAGUGAACACUUUUAAGAAUUAUUAACCGAGUAACCCAGAGGGUGUUGCCUGAUCCAUAAAGCAUGUUUGUCCAUCUUGGCAGAGUCCGUUUGAAGAUUGAUUUCUUUCUGUAUAAUGCAACAAAUGCCUUUUUAAAGUUUAUCUCAUAGCGUUAUUGGCGGUGAGGGUAAAAGACGGAAUGAGUUUGCGGAAUGGCAUGUGGCAUGGCUUGCAGAAUGACAUAGUUAUGCGGAAUGCAGUAUAUGCAGAAUGACUCAAAGAAAUAAAUUAAACUGAAAUUGCGACUACGACGACAAUAAAAAAGCCAGGAAGAACUCAUUGAUCAUCUCACGGUUGAUUAGCUGUUUUUGCACAGCCACAAAAGUUCUACUUGCCCUUAUAGUCGGGCUGCAUGGCAGCACCGAUACUACAUCACGAAAGUCGGCCAUUGAAGAAAAAAAUUUUGGAAGGUCACGCUCCCUUCUUCUUUAAAUUUAAUUUUUUCUGCAAAAGAUAUUUGCACGAUUAACUUCACUUUUUUAUUUUUAUUUGCUUCUGAAACCGCAUGAGAAGUGUUUCUUUUUCAGACGGUGGGUCGCGUGAUCGUGACAUGAUAUUCGGCGAUCGAAUGUAUCUUGUUUUCUUGGGGCUGCGUGGUGAAGUUUCAGGCAUGUGAAGCAAACAGCUGACGAAGAAGCGCCAGCUCGAAUCCUGGCAAUUGAGUUUGUGUGCUUUCUUUCUUUCUUUCUUUCUUUCUUUCUUUCUUUCUUUCUUUCUUUCGUUUUCUCUUGCUCUCUUUCUUUUCUUUUCUUUUUUCCCACCUACUUUUAGCAUUUUUUCACGAUCAAACGCGCACACUCGCACAAACAAGGGAGUAGACUUUCAAAAAGGUCUUUUCGUCCGAUUUAAUAUGGCGCGGGACGAAAAGUUCGCUAAGGACCUCGUGAGGUCGACUUGUAGCAAGUCUAACAAGGGAGGUGGGAAGAGACGCGGAAAGGCCGAAAGCAGACAGAUAUAUGGCAGUUUGCUUCACUCGAUUUGUGUAUUACAGAUUAAUGUUUGACUCGGGGCGUUCAUUUAGUCUCGAAUAUGAUCUGAUUCGUUCACCUUAUUCAGGAGCCCAUAACCCUCCUGCCGUAUUAAAAAUCCCUAGAAUUUUAGCUAGCCCGACUUCACGUUCAGCGAGCGUGCUUUACCCUCUAUCGUUGCGAUAAAGAUUGAUCCUUGAUUUGAGUUUAGCCUGGCCUCCUACCCAGGCGUUUUUAGGGGAGGUCGAAAAAGGAGCUCCCCUAAAAACGCCUGCGUGGGAGGCUAAGUUUAGCCAAGAUGUAAGAUGUACAGAUUAUAUACCCCUGAAAGCCCAGACAAAUUUGCGACACAGUACGUCUGCACGUAUUUACGAGGCUUAUUUGUUUAUUUCAUUUGGAACUACCGAGUAUGCCAUUUCAAAGAGCCUCGUUCCCAGGGUCCUCUCUCUUCCUCCUUUUCGCUUUUAACCUUGUCCGCCGUUACUCUGUUUUUCUAUGUAAUGAGGAGAGUAAAAACUCAUUAGAAGACUGGUUGAACUUGACAUGUUUUCGUACUUUAAAUGCGCUUCACUGGAAAAGAUACGUGAGUAAAGAACCGUUUCAGUUUAUUUUAGAAACGAGUUAUCGAUGACUUAUCAAGUAAUGGGUGUAUCAGCUGUGUUUCAAUUUUUAGCCUUGCUUUGAUAAUAGUAACAAAUGGACCGGCAAAGCGAGUGCUCCUUCAAAUUGGCGCCGAAAAAAGCCGCGACAGAGACGCGCGCAUACUUUCCUGUUUAAUCUAUUUCGUUGCGCCAUUUUUCAUAAAUUAAAUUCCGCAUGAUUAUGUCAUUCCGCAUGCCAUGCCACAUGCCAUUCCACAAACUCAUUCGGCCUUUUGCCCUCACCGCCUUAUUGGUUAAUGUGGGUCGGAUCUGUUAUGAUGAAAAACCAUCACCAUAGCUGGUUAGAUAUUCUAUGAAAAUGACUUUCGUCUGGUGGUCACCUUGUUUUCCGUAAGUGUACUUCGUUUUUAUUUUGCGUUUCUCUAUCAGGUAUGAUGAAGAGCUGGCCGGUCAAGAUACAGGAGAGAGGGACUCCAGAUCAAGAACGGGGCAGGUCACAACAUCUCGGCCCGGUAAAGAUAGUAAAACCAAACAGGCCACAUGGAAAUAGUAUUUAUCCGACUGACGUGUCAGUUUGGACAGCACUGAAGGUCAGAACUCGGACGGUGACAAUCUCCUUCCCAUGGCGGAUAAUCCCUGGGAAUGGGACUGGGACGGCGAGUCCUUUCUUCAUUGUUUGCGAGACGAGCUAAUGUUUCUACGUUGCCGGUAGCCUGUGUACUUCCCCCUCCUCCCCGAUUUUUUUUUUCGAGGGGAGGAGGCGGUACCUGUUUAUCGAUGUAUCACAACGAACGUGCCGUUUUUCUGUAGCGUGUUCAAGGGCCUCAACCCGCGUUUUUUUUCUCGUCUCGACUAACUGAGAGCCUUGAACUGGAAAUUUUUUCCCCAUGAAAACGCUGCUGAACAAUUUCAGUGACUGCUCAAGCUACCAAGCCUUAAAUGCCAUCGUGAUUAAUUGAUUGACCUGAAUGAACUGUUAAAAACGUGUUUCACUGUGAUCGUAACAGAAAGGGAGGGCACUUUCUCUGUAAAUAAAAAGUUUUUUGUUCAU